AUGCCACGAAAAGAGUUUCAGCAGGAUGUUUCCAAGCUGCUAAAGCUUCAACAAGCGUUUGAUGAGUCGUCUUACCUUCGAGGUCUAGCACGCGGGGACGAAGAUGGCAUGCUGGUUUUCCGCUUCCAUUAUGCAGGUCGCCGCCGCGUGGACGUUUCUCUAGUCUUUAAUGGUACAUUCUCAUCUCAUUUGACCCAAAUUACUCCCUGGUGGACUGACUUGUUCUCUGGAGAUCUGCACACGUAUCCGGACGGAUGCUCAGGUUUUUGCUUUCUGGAUGAUUCGCAUGCGGAUUUUCGAGCUGCUGGCGCCGCAGAGGCUGUCGCAAAUGUACCCAUUUCACGGCAGUCAAUAUUUCAAUGCUUUGAAUCAUGUAUUAUUCGGUUGUGUGACAUCUUCAAAACUCCUUCGGAUCCUCUUCUGAGGAUAUUGGCAAAAGGAACGGAAGCGUCCAAUAGUGAGGGGCAGGUUGAGCGUGGUGAAGUGGAGACUUUUGAAAGCGACUCGAGCGACGACGAUUGCAACUAUGGUUCGGAUCUAGAUGACUCGAUUAGUGAUCUCAGCGGCAUAUCAGACCGGAUGCGCGAACUGUUGUUGAGAGAUGUCAAUGAGCUGAUCAGCUGCGGGUACAAACAUCAGGGGUAUUUAACCUGGCCUGCUGAAAAUGGCUUUAUUUUGUACAGCAGUAUCUGGAUACAAGAAUUAGUGAACUCUGGCAUUCUCACUCAGGAUCAGUGUCUGGCAUGGAAUUUAGAACCAUCAAAGUAUAUGUUCAUGCUGAUGAAGUUUGGCCCAGAAUAUAUCGAAGUUCUAAGAAAGGACAACAUUUCGUAUAUAAGAGGGAUGGACACUAACCCAACAGCGGCCUACCAUCCGCAGCCUCUAGUUGAAUUUCGGGUCGUGACAGGAGAUGUACCCUCCCUCUCAGCUACAGACGGCAUCGGCAUGUUCCAAGCAAACACCGCAAACAACGACCACUUACGCCUGCAGAACAAGACCAGACAGGAGACACGCAGGACGAUCUUGUCACCCUUCUUUUUAUCUUGGUCUUUGGCCGACAUUCUCAACAGACGAUUCCUCGUGCUAUUGUCGUAUAGGCUACAAUUUGGUUUGAAUUGGGCUGGCGCCGAGCUUAUGUAUGAAAGGCGCAAUGCUAUAUCCGGAAAUCAGCCGGAUCCAUGCUUUCCGUCCGGAGAUCCCCAUACUAGAUCUACUGAUUGGGACCUCUGUCGUUCCGCCGAUGCACAAGAGCUUACUUUCAUCCAACAGCAUCGACAUGCAGAUCAGCUCAACUCCCUGUCUGCGGAUCCAGCUGAUAGUACGUCAAAGUCCAAUCGGUUUCACCAUUAUUUAAACUUUCCCUUGCUCGCUCUUCGCUAUGUUAUCCGCCGUCUGGCUCUGGCAUCACGAUUUUGUCUCGUGUGUCAUCGACAAAUAAAUAAAGAAUUCGAACCUUUGAAGCCUUUUGUUUGCGAUUCUGCGUUAUGUACUUAUCAGUAUUUUCAUCUUGGCUUGGGAGCAUCCAUCGAGCAGGAGAUUAUCCAUCAUCCAGGAGUUGUGGAUAUGCUCGUGUCGUUAGCAUAUGUGGCAGCGGCGAACCAGAAACUUGACCCUUUUCCGCAUGGCGUUGGUUAUAUGAAGUUUGCUGUGCAUCCGAACGCUGGCCAAAUUUUAUUGCGCGAGGGGAACUUUCUGUCUGUUCAGGUUGAACCCUUUGUUCGGCUGGCGGUAGGCGACAUGAUUGAGUAUUGUUAUCAAGGCCAGAAUUUCCGAGUCAAAGUGCUUGCAAUCGACGACUAUCUUGAGAUCUCGGACGAGCUACCGAUAAUCAAUAAAAGAUCAGUGUCCUUUCAAGAUCAACAAAUUCCCUUCAAGAUUAUCGAAAAUCACUGGCUCGGAUGGCCGAUAAGACAAGCUGGGGCCGUACGUGCACACGAGCAUAAGCUCGUGGUUCAGACCUUGGAUCAAUUACCUCCAAUCAAAGACCUACAAAACGCUUUGAAUCAGCAGUUGGUCACCGGAUUCAUGCAAUCAAAAUGGAGCCAUCAAACGGAGGCCCAAGAAGAAGACAGUAUGAACGCCAAUGUGCUGGACAGGGAAACGGAGUCGAAGCGGCAAAAGAUGCCCCAAGAUUGUCCCACAAAACAAAGCCCGUCGUAUGUGGACCGGGGAAAAUCUUUGACAUUGCGGUCGACCCUGGAUUCCAUCAAUCGUCUACUGUACCCACUUCUGAGGUGGAUCAUUUGCAGUAACCGUAGUCAUGUCAAAGAACUGGUAGACGAUAAAGAGAAGGUUGCAGGUGUUGGGGUUGGUUAUUGGCAGUUUAAAAUGGUCAUGAGCAAUCCUGACAAAGAGGAGCGAUUUUUGAAGGAGCAAAGAGCGCUAACAGCAAGAAAGCAUGUCAAGAGCCUUUGGGCGUUUCACGGUUCCCCACUCUAUAAUUGGCACAGCAUCCUACGAACCGGACUGAAUUUCAACCAAAUCGUUCACGGCCGAUCAUAUGGACACGGCAUAUAUCACGCCUUUGAGUCUGUAACCUCCUUGGGGUAUGCCUCCCGCAGCUCCGGCGGAUGGCCAGGAUCCAAAACAGGAAUCAAUCUAUGUCUGAGUUUGAACGAGAUUGUGAAUUGUCCAGAAAACUUCAGUUGCACGACCCCAUACUUGGUUGUUCCCAACAUUGAUUGGGUACAAACCCGCUUUUUGUUCGUUCGUCGAAGUUAUUCAGCUAGUGAAACGGCCUCUCAAACCGAAAGUCUAGAUCAACAAUUUACAUGCGAAGCAGACGGAGUCACCUAUGUUCCCAUGAAUGUGAAUUACACGCCUUCAGAUGGAUACCAGCGUCCGAUUCGCGUCCCUUUGUCCAGCGCGAUAGCUCCAGUCCCUGAGAGUCCGGAACACAACUUUGUGGAUCCAGGGUUAUUGCAACUUGCGAAAGAAGAGGAAGCGCGAACUCGACGGAAUGUGAAGCGUCAGCGGUCUGUCGAGCCCGUGGACGUGCUCCAUGGAGAGGAUGACAUGGUGAAUUUUAAUGCACGCGCACCGAGCAAGCGGGAAAAGUAA